AGGGGAAACCAACCAAAGAGAGGAAGAAAGGGAAAGGAGCAAGAACAUGGCGGCCAUCAACAAAAAGAAGCUCGGCUCUCUUACCAUCUUAUGCCUUUUCAUUGCUCUGAACUCCGACUUAUUCUUCUCGCAGUCUGUAGCAGAAUCACAUCAUCUGUUCCUUGAUUAUAUUCACCCCACACGGCCUACCAGCGGCAGCGAUCAUCCUGCUACUAAGAACAGAACGAGCGAAGAUGACGAUGGUAACAGCUCAACACCAACUCCUCCUAGUCCUCUGCCUCCGUCUCCGCCUCCUCUUCCACCAUCUGCACCACCUCCUCCUCCUACAUCUCCCCCUCCUCCCGCUCCCCCAUCUCGCAAUGAUAAAAGUAAAAGUGGAGUAACUGGAAGCCUCCCCCGCCGAUCGGGUUCUCAUGCUGGAAGCAGUACACCCUCUACCCCGACUAGAACCUGAUCCCCCUACCAGCCACCACAGCCUUCAGAUGCCACAUUAUCGUCAUAAUUUGAAACCAUUGCUAAUGCUGGAUGUGUAGAACAGAUGUACCAACGGUGUUUUUCUAUGACUAGAUCGAAACUUGCGUUUCUUUGCAUCAAAUCGUUAGAGUUGAUAAUUAAUUGGUGCAAUGUGCAAUGUGCUUCCAUAGUAAGAAAGAAUAAACAAUAUUGAUAGUUCCAAGA